AUGUCUUUGUUAAAACAAAGAUGGGAUAUUUGCUACGAACUAGGCUACACAGGUUUAGCCAUUGGAGCCAUUUUGUGUUCAGUGUCUUUGUUCACUUUGACUGCAAUAAGCGUGAACAGACUUCUCGCCCUGUCGUUGGGCCUCAGAUACAGACGAGUUGCGACUUUGAGAAAAGCGUAUAUAAGUGUAAUUAUUAUGUGGGUUAUAUCCGUUGUUAUUGGUGCAGCAAUGUACUCUUUGGAUACUGUUAUACUCGACUGGUCAAUGUUUAUAACAAUAUCUCUAUGUGUAGUCAUCUCAAGUCUGUGUUACACUAAAAUUUUCGUUGCGCUACGACGAAGAAAAAUACGUCUCGAAGAUAGCGGUUCUCAAGGACCAACUGAAGUAAUAAAGAUUCCACUGAACCUAGCUCGAUACAGAAAGGCAGUUUACAGUGCACUGUGGGUGCAGGUAACAUUGGUUGUUUGUUAUCUGCCGUUUGGUAUUGCGACAACUAUACCAGAGAUUUCUUUGUCGGUUUAUGUCAUGACGCUCACUUUACUUCUACUAAACUCAUCAUUAAACCCAUUCAUUUAUUGCUGGAAGAUCAGAGAAGUAAGGCAAGCUGUUAAAGACACAAUCAGACAACUUUUUUCUUCUUCAAGUUAGUCCACAAUUAAUAUACUUAACUGAUUUCAGUUUGUUUUUAAAUCAUCAGUCGGGAAGAAAAGCUAGCUAGGUUUCUUCCUAAUAAGAUCUUAUAAGCCGAUCACUGGUAUUGAUCAGCUUUUGAAUUCGAUUAAGGUCAAUACAAUUAAUCGAAUAUCACACCAAUCCUCUGCAGAUAACCUAGUAUAUAAUAUAUACCAGUUGAUGCAUAUGCACGGCUAUCGGCAGAGUGCUCAAUAGAAGGACUAGAGCUUAGUAUAAUCAAGGCUGUCUGGUGUCAACGUGAGAUUAGACUUGGCAUUUUUAUUACUACUUAGUGUCGUACCGCACUGCAUGUACGGCACUCCUCAGAUAAAAUUACCAGUAUAUAAUAUAUAAUGUUGAUGACUGCUUAAUUUUCCAACGCAAAUCAGGGUUUUUGUCAUCAUGAUGAUCUUACAAAAACAAAUAGUAAGAAAAUAAUUGAUUAUCUCACGUACUGUACAAUGAAAGACUACUAAACUCUUGCUGGCUGCAAAAUUUGCCCGUUUAGUCUUAUAGCAAAAAUUUACCCAUAAGCAAUACAAUUGAUCCCAUGAAGCGGCCACCCUCAGGGUACCGCAAAUUGGAGGUAUCACGUGGGAUUAUCUGGAAAGAUUUCAUCGUCUCUUUUGGGGCUUUGUACCGGUUACGAUUGAUUACUACUCAGAGAAUAUUAUGUUAAUUUGUUGGGUGGGGAAAGGGUAGAACAGCCCGUCAAACCGUUGCCAUGGUUUUUUGAUGAGAGCUUAAAUUUUGUGCUACGAUGAUUGUAACUAAAAAUACGUCUAAAGGAAAUUGUUAAUCUCACGUAUGAUACGGUGAAGAACCAUUAAACAUUUGCUUGCUUCAAACUUGCUCUUUUACUCUAAAGAAAUUCCGCUAUGCUCAUGAUCAGUAAUUUAACAUUAAUGCACUCAAUCACGUGAUCACCUGCAAAAACUUCACGAGCUGGCCCUGCAGAGAGGUAAACUGGUAGACUGUAGUCUGUCAUGUAUAGAGAGCAAUUCUUAAUUGAAAAGAUAUAAGGCGUUUAUUUCAGAGAUGACAGAUUAAUUAUUUAAAUUUAUAUCUUGCUGGCAAACUUUAAAUUGUGAAAUCUGCUUUAUACACUAGAGGUUUUGACCGAUCAUUUAUUAAUAAAAUCAAAGAAUGCUGUCUUCUAUUAUUCCCGCAAAGUUGGGCACAAAAUCACGAUUUCGUAUUUUGGUACAACUAUGGCUUAUUAAAAUCCGUAAAAAAGGGCUAUCUACCAAAUAAAAAACAAUACUCCUAAACAUGCAUCAUUCCACAAUGUCUGUGUAAAAUUUAAUCAAAAUCGCCUCUAAAACAGCCGAGAUAUAAGCGUUUAAAAAGAUGUAGCACAAACAAAAUUUUGCCUUAUGAAUUUAUUCGAUCAUAGCUAAUAGAACUGUCCCCCAGGGCCGUAUAUGCUACCUAUUGACUGGUGUCAACCUUGAUGGACAUGAAGUUCAUUAUGUUAUUAUAAAAAUUUACAUGCAGAUCUUUUUCUUACUCGCCCGAUGGCCAAGACUUUGUAUGUUACAGUUAAAGUUACCGACUUUCUACGGAAGUUUCAAAGUGCUUAAUUUGUAACAUUACUUCUCGUUUUUCUCUGCUAUAAUUUUCUUUGGAAGGUAGUAGCCAGGUCCCUAGAGUAAAUGAGCUGAAGGAAAAAAUAAGAGAAAAAUUUAGAUAAAUCUUGUAUAAUUAUGUUAUUUUGCAAGAAUGACCAGAAGACGAUUUAAUAGUCACUUAUCAUAUCACGAACGAAACUAUAGCCGGAAAGAACCCAUCAAAACUCAGGAUUAUUAGUCUUAUCAUCAAUAUUGACAUCCAUUUUCUGAUGAUUAGUACCAUCUGUUGCUUUCCUGAGAAGAAUACUAAAAAUUAAAAUUAACCUGCGUUGUUGGACAUUUAAUAUCUUAUAACUAUAUGAAAGAAGCUAUGUUCGUGAGAAGAAUGUAAUUGCAAGGUUUAUUAUCCCCUGUGUCUAUUAAUCAAAAUUCACAGGACAUAUUAAAUAAUGUACAAUGCCGAAUUCGUUCGACCACGAACAGAUGAAUCAUGAUGAUUAGUAAUUAAGUUGACCUUUUCUUGAUAAACACAAUAUCCGCGGUAAGAAUUUAAAUUAAAUCUGAAUAACCUUCAAGAAGAAAUAAAGUUUAUCGCCAGACUUAUGGUCCAAGGUCGCAUUGCAGAAUAAGGAUGGCAAUGGAAAAAAAUUUUACCGGAGAGGAAAGUCGGAAAACAGUUGGAGAACUGUAUUGCUCAGAAAAACUUAAGGAGGAAAGACUCAAUGAGCUUAUCUUUGUUUCAGUGCUAAAUAUUUUUCUGUCUAUAACUGCAUUUCUGGGGAACACUCUAAUUCUAGUUGCCCUGCACAAGAGGAUUUCACUUAAUAAGCCGUCCAAACUCCUAUUACGUAACCUAGCGCAAACUGAUCUAUGUGUUUGUAUCAUUGCGGAGCCUCUAUUUGUUGCUUAUUUGAUGUCCGUCGUAACAGAGAGAUGGGAUAUUUGCUAUUACACAAAUGACGCAAGUCAAAUCACUGGCACCAUUUUGUGUUCAGUCUCUUUGUUCACAUCGACUGCCAUAAGUGUGGACAGGCUUCUUGUCCUUAUAUUGGGGAUCAGAUACAGACAUAUUGUAACUAUGAGAAAAGCACAUAUAAGUGUAUUUCUUAUGUGGGUUUUCUCAGCUCUCAUUGGCGCAGCAACCUACGCUUUGGAUCCUCUAAUACUUGGCUGGUCUUCGUUUCUAACUAUAUUACUAUGUGUAGUCAUCUCAAGUCUGUGUUAUGCUAAAAUUUUCUUUACCUUACGACAAAGGCAAUUUCAAGUUCAAGACGGCGCUUUUCAAGGAAAACGGAACCAGACAAUUCCACUGAAUAUAGCUCGAUACAGAAAGGCAGUCUACAAUUCACUGUGGGUGCAAGUAACAUUGGUUGUUUGUUAUCUGCCUUUUGGUAUAGCUAUGGCCUUAAGUCCUGAAUCGCCUGAAAAAAGUGAGAUAACUUCCUCGGUUUACCUCGCAGGGAAUAUUACACUCUCUUUUGUUUUAGCAAACUCGUCAUUAAACCCCUUUCUUUAUUGUUGGAGGAUCAGAGAGGUAAGGAAGGCAGUUAAAGAGACAAUCAGAAACGUUUUCUGUUUAUCUUAUUAGGUUAUAUGCUAUGUUGUAUUCAUUAACUAGACGUCGGGCAGUAAGGGUAUAUCGCGUAAUGGAAACCCGAUCUCGGAGCCAAAGAUUUCGUACAGCGUUAAUAAAGCAAUGAAACAAUAAGAAAUUUUGCAAACAUUAUUGUUCGUCGACGAGUAAGUCAAUUAUUAUCUUCAAUUUCAUUGUGCUUUCAAUAUGUUGGGUAACGAGGCUAAAAUAUAUAGAACGUAAUGUAGACUCGAUCACCUUAAAAAUCGUGUAACCCCUGGCUUUUAAACAACAACUAAGAAGAUUCGUAAAGCUGUAAGAUCAUGAUCCUCGUCAUCUUCGAUUCAUGCUCAAGCCUUUCACCGGCAGGACGAACUAUCUUUGGAAAGACAAGCGAGGAGGACGAAUAAUUCAAUACUAUCUGAAUACAGGGAAAUAUUGACGGAGAAAGUACUCCUCUAAGUACGUAAUAAGUCUUCUUUGUUACCACGGACAUUAAUCUCAGCUCACAAAGAGAAUGUCUUAAUAGACACAAUUUCUUUCAAUUAUCGAUUAAAAUGGACAAAAAUCAGGACUCUAUGUGAAAAUGAUGCCAUAACUCAAAUAUAACUGUCACAUCGGGGAGAUUUAUUUCGAUCUUCAUGGAAUAUAAACACUGAGUUUUUAAUGUUAGUACAGUGUUGAUAUCUCUGAUGGAAAAGUCAGGUCAGCUUUCUGGUACCAAAACCAAAAAACAUAAUUCAUAAUUUAAAAACAAGAUGGAAUUUUCAGUAUUUUUUUUAAACAAUUAUUACAUGUCAGGUAGGAUAACGUACUCUAAAAUUUUGUUAAUCAAUGAAGAUUCGGGUCAAACAUAGCAGCUGUUUAAAGAGCAUUAUUUCACUGAAUUGAUCUGCAUUUUAACAAAAUUUGAAUAUUUAGGGGGCAGUCUGGUUAAAAGCAUUAUUUUUCGUUGACUCCCACCCUUUUUUUCUUAAAUAUCUAGCCAAGAUUUCAUUCAAUUAAAAAACGACUCGGCGUUGGAGUCCUUAAUUUAAUUAUUUUUUGAGGAUUUUCGGAUGUUCAGUGUUUCGAAUGUUUUAAAUGUCUAAAUAUUAGGGGGAUGUUUAAAAUUUUAGGAAAAUUGGAAACUAUUAGAUUUGGGGGUUGUUUAAAAAUAAGAUAUGAGGUGAAUAAUUAGUAGACAAAUACUAGACAGUCUACACCACCACAAGCUGCCUUUGAUCCUUUUAGAGGACUAACUGGUUUAUGUGUAUACUUUUUCUACCCUUAUUUGUUUCCUUCCCAAAUCAACAUCAUUUCCUAAAAAAAAAACAACCGUAAUGUCCCCUUAAAUAUUACAGAUACUAAAGCAUACUAAAAAAAUUACAGUCAUGUUGUAGUAAGUAUCACGUGGGAUUUUUGACAAGAUUUCAGGUCUUUGUACUGUUCAUAUUUUAAUUAGUAAAUUGAGCACAGAAUAUUAUGUUAAUUAGUUGGUUGGACGUGGUCAGAGCAGGAUGUCAAACCGUAUUUUGCCAUAGUCUUUUUUUGAUGAGUGCUUAAAUAUGCGUGUCAUUACGAUGAUCCUAACUAAAUAUACUAGGAAAUGAAAUUGUUGAACUCAAGUACGAUACAGUGAAGUACUAUUUCAAAAAACACUAUUGGCUACAAUAGCUACAAACUUUUCUUGUUUUAAGAAAAUACAAAAAAAGUCUCUAUUUCUAUUUUUACUUAAAGCUUACUUAAUGAAUUAUAGCAUUACACUUAAGUUAGAAAUACAUUUAUCAAAUUUAUUAUCACGUUCAGUGUAAUCCAGGCUUGUAGUGACAGAUUUGAGAAAAAAACAUGAAUUUAAAAUGUCCCAAUGACAGAUACUAGGUUUAGUUCUUAACAGUGUUAACUUCUCUCGAAAUUUCACAACUUGUAGAUUUUCUUACUUUCUAAGCAUCCUUCUUAUACACAUCAAUAUUUACCCCCGAUUACCUCGAUUUAUACGGGUUUUAAGCAAAAUUGAAGAUAUUUAAUUGAUUCAAAAUGGCGGAUCAAAGAUGGUGAAUGAUUCAAGAUCCUUCUAAUAAAUGACGUCAUCAUGGCAUCACUGCUAUUGUUAAAGAUAACUAAUGUGUCAUCCAACGUCUUGAUCUUGUCACAUACAUUACUAUUUAAGUAAUUUUCAUUUUGAGAGGAAAAAUUGAUGGAAUUUUUCAUUCUGCCAAUAAUUAUUUCAACAAAAUGAUGUAAUCAUGGCAUCAAAUUACGUCAUUGUGUCAAUCAAGUUAUGUUUAGAUGGUGGCCAUGGAAAUUGGAGGAGUUCAUUUGGUGGCUGUACCACCAGCGGUUUUGAUGUUAUACAAGGGGGCUCAAGGAGGCCAUCCCCUGUCGCAAGGUGCAAAAAAAAGACCAGUUUUGAGUGGUAUGAUAGGGUUAACAGACCUUAUAACGGGUUGAGUGCUCAAUGGGUCAUCGUGACAAGAAAGCAUAUUUAACUGUUAUUUACUUUAAAAAAAAAAAAUAGAGAUAAUAUGAGGAGAAAGCUAGUCUAGAGAAUUCUGCUAUAACCCUACUUCGCCCUCAAAAGGAUAGUUGAACACUGCGGUAAUUUGAUAACGAAGGCAAAUUUAAAUGAUUAGAAGAGAACGUACAUGGUAUUUAUACUAAUAAUUAUUAUGCUGCGGAGAUUUCACUGUAUUUUAACUCCACUGCCUUAACUUAUUCUUCUGUUUGCGGGCCGAUAAAUACCCUUUCUACGCUUGUGUUGUACUUCGUACGUGACUGGUUAGACAAAUACUAAUAGUGUUAUACAGUAGAAUCCCGUUUUUCGAAUCAUCUGGGGGGAAAAGCUUUUAUCAAUUGGUUUGAAUCAUCAGGAGGUCCAAAAAUCAGAAAUAUAAUUCAGUUUAAUGACAAUAGAAGGGAAGUCAGUUUGAGGUCGAAUCAUUCAGUAUGUGACUCAGAGAUCUAGGGAAGUUCGGAACAAUUAGGACCCAAACGUUCUGAGUAGCUGUCCUAAUCAUAACAUAGGUAAAAAUCAAUGUUUUCACAUCAAUCUUUAGAAGAGAUCUAAAAGAAGAAGCUAAGAUAUGUUUUAACCAUGAGUCUAUGAACCCUUUCUUUUUCAAGCCAAGCACGGCUAUUGUUUAUUUUUCAACAAAACGGCUCAAUUUUGAACCGCAGCAGUGCUAAAAUACUUUAACAUCACGUUCUUCCGAUUCGUAGAGUUUUAGACUAAUAAAUUUCAAGUCUUCUAAUACGUUUGACAUGAGUUUAUUUGUCACCUACACAAAGCUACCUGUCAUAAACGGACACGUUUGCUUCAUUGGAACAGGAAAAGCGUUAUAAAGUCAACACUUCCCCAUACGGCUUUCCCGACUGUCGCACAAGAUCACUUUUCUUUUCAUUUCCUUUUGCUUUAUGAUUAUUGAUAACAAUUUGAUCUAAUUCAAAUAACAGGCACCAUUGACAACAAUAUACAAUCCACAAAAAGGUUAUUACUUUUUUCGGCUUUUGUCCUGUAGCCCGUCCCAUUAUAAGUUCAAUUUAAACAUAUCGAAGGAAGCUUACAAGAAAGUUAUGUUUUUAAGGGUUAAAGAACAAUAAGAAGUAGGAUAUUCUUUAUAAUUGCAUGAAAACCGUGGGUUUAUAUUGAUUAAACAUGUCAAACAUGAAAGAUCGCCAAAAGAAGUUACCACGCACUUUGCUUGCAUUUUUACUGACACGAUUGAAAUGUUAGCACGACGACCUUCGUAAUAGGAAACCAUAUAUGACAAAGCAAAACUCACUCAGCGCCCCUACUCAACAUUAGAAGAGAGAUGGCAGAACUAACACAUCUUGCUAAAAACAAGCAAAACAUAACAAAAUUGCACUGUUCAGCAGAAUUCACCGCUGAAGUUCAUGACGAGAUUAUCGUCCUUUCAGUGCUAAAUAUUUUUUUGUCCAUUACUGCAUUUCUGGGGAACACCCUUAUCCUAGCCGCCCUGCGCAAAGAAAAAUCACUUCAUUCGCCGUCCAAACUCCUGUAUCGCAACCUAGCAGUAACUGAUCUCUGUGUUGGCAUCAUCGUGGAACCCCUCUUUAUUACUUAUUUGAUGUCUUUGAAGACUGGAAGAUGGGAUAUUUGCUAUCAUGUUUUUGCGGUAGCUGGUUUUGCUGGUUAUAUCUUGUGCGGAGUGUCUUUGUUGGCAUCGACUGCAAUAAGCCUGGACAGACUUCUUGCCCUGUUGUUAGGGCUGAGAUACAGACAAGCUGUAACUUUGAAAAAAGUCUAUAUAUCUGUAUUCUUUAUGUGGGUAUUGUCCAUUGCUGGCUCGUCAAGCUUUUUUUGGAGUCCUGAUAUAUUCAUACCGUUUCUCUACACACUUCUGUCAUUUUGUUUACCCACAAUAAUUUUCUCUUACCUAAAAAUUUUUUUCACUCUCCAUCAUCACCAAAUUCAAGCCCAUCAGGGCCAGGUACCUCAAGUACAACCGGUUCAAGCAAUUCCACUGAACAUAGCUCGAUACAGAAAGGCGGUGUACAGUGCACUAUGGGUGCAGGGAACAUUGGUUGUUUGUUAUCUGCCGUUUGUCGUUCAAGCCUUGAUUCACUAUGAAAGCUCCGAGUUUUCUUUAUCGGGUUACCUUGGCAAUACGUUUACAUAUACUUUAGUUUUUCUAAACUCGUCAUUAAACCCUUUCAUUUAUUGCUGGAAGAUCAAAGAAGUAAGACAAGCGGUUAAAGAAACAAUAAGACAUUUAAUAUGCUGCUUAUCAAACUAGUUGAUCGGCAAUUAAAAUUCAGCCAACUGAAUUGAGAUCAGCACGGGUGUGCCCUCAAAAUGUUGCGUAAAACUAACAGUACUGAAAAGGCAGCAUGUUUUCGCUUCUUUCUGUUCAAUCUUUACAUCAACAUAUCAAACGGUAAAGAGAAUUACAGAGAAACAGGUAGAAAGUUUAUUAACCAGUAAAUUAACAAAUUUGAAAUCGUCCUCAGUUAUAGACUAAAGUGAUGUAACAUGUUACAGCUUCUUUGGGAAACUAUCAUUGGAUGCGACAUCCAGCCCCGUACCUAUGACGUCAGGGUUCCCACAGGGUUCGAUUCUGGACCCUAUGUUAUAUGUGAUUUCUCUGGCUGAUGCAGUUAGAUCAAGCCAGAUCGCGACCAUUGCGAUGAUACAUUCCAUGCAAAAGUUUCUCUAAUGUACUUGCUCGCUACAUCCUGUUGAUAUUCUCCUGAAUAGACUGGAUCGGUGGACUAGGUUAAAACGAGGCCUAAAUUAAACUUUAACUACAGCAAAAGCAAAGAGCAACGCAUCACUAGGAAACUUACGCCUGUCACCUAUGGCUAUCACAAGGGCGGCUCUCAGCUUGAAGCUUCCCCGGCGGAGUGUUUACAUCGCGGAUGAACUCAAGUGGAAGAAGUAGAUCAAUAAGCAAUGCGCUAAGGUCAGCAGGCUCCUGCGAUGUGAGUAGAAACCAUUUUCGUCGAAAGCACUACAGUUAGACCUCAACCACUAAAAGAAUCACUGAAUAAGAUGAAAUACGGUUUCUUUCAAGUAGAAUUCAAGAAAAUGUACUACUUAUUAACGUCAAAGAGAAAAAAAUCGAGGAUCUUGGUGGAAAAGUAGACAGCUGUUUACAUGCGGAUUGGGCGUAGCUACCUGUGCGCACGUGCGCACGUACGCACGAACGGACGUACGCACGUGCGCACCCACGUUGAAGAUUGGUGAAUAAAAAAAGUUUCGACCAUUGUGUGCUGACGUCCGACCGUACAGUUUACAUUACAAUGUAAAGAGAACACGUGCAGAUAAACCGUUGUACUCUUAAUACGCGACAUGUCAGGAAGCUAGAGGGGAACAACAUCCAUGAAACACAACCUUUUCAAACGACUAAAGCAGCAAACAACAUGGCUCAUAGAAAUUCCGAACUGUGCCUACUGCGGCUACAAAAAGUGGCUUAAAAGAAAGGACUGACAAAAUGAAGUGAAGCCGGGUGAUUUGUCAGGUUCGAGGGCGCAUCAAAAUUAAGUUCUGAUUGUCACAAAAUGAUAGGGAGCAAGAAAUAAUACGUCCAACCGUUGCUAGGUACCGUAUAAGGGAAACUUAUACGGAAAGCAAUAGAUAGGGUCUUAAAUUUCCCACCUAAACAGUUUUGUGUGGAGGAAAAAGAUCAGCCGUUAUUCGCUAAAUUGCGCGAAAACUGAACAAAAAGUAUUAAACGUUAAAUGGGCUUCAAAUUUUUCUAGUUUCCAGGUUUUUUUGAACAUGGGUCAUGUGAUACGAAUGCUUUACUUGCUGAUAACUUAAAAAAGAAAAAAACGUUUCUAGCAAUUAAAUAAAUCCCAGUGUGUAAAAACUGUGUGAAUAUAGAUCAUUUGCUAAUUAUUUUAAUAAGUUUUCGACUAAUUACUAUUUCAAUGAUUUGACAUGAGGUUCUUAGUCACCAACUUGAAAUUUAAUUACUAUGAACGUUAACAGACAAACUUGUCAUGCAGGAACAAAAACUGUGUCUAAAGGUAAAUAUUUCCUCAUCGAGUAACGUGAAAGAUCAUUUUCCGUAUUUGACAUUUAUGUGAUUUGCUUUUGAUGUGUAUUUGAGGUUUAUAUAAUUUACAUUACUGAAUACUAUAUACAAUCAAUUUACAUUCGUUUCCUCGUUUUCUCUCUUUUCUUCCAUCACCGUCAAAUUCAAAAUCGAUUGUCCCCGAUUAGUGCCCACUUUGUGGCGUGCUAGAAGUUUUCCAACAUGUUAUGAAGUUAUUGAUUGAUUGACUGAUUGAAUAAAUGAAUGUUAUGAUAUAGAAAGUAUGAAUUUGUUCUCGUAAUCACUGGGGUAAUGAGUAUCCCAAUGGGAUAUUUAUUACACGUGUAAUAGCUAAAAUAUCGCACGAAAGAAAGCUGAAACGACGUGACUAACAAUUCGAUUAACAUGGAUUGAUGAAAUAUUUAGAAUACGAAAUCUUCAAUGUAAGAAGCCAUAAUUAUCAUUACCAAGCUCGCGAUUACUUGCACGUAUUCAAUAUUGAAGAGAAAAUGAUGACAGGCCCAACGCUUAAAAAAGCCAUCACAGAAUUGUAUUGUUCAGUAGAGCUAACCAACGUCCAUGACGAGUUAAUCGCCCUUUCCACGCUAAACAUUUUUCUGUCCAUUACUGCAUUUUUGGGGAACACUCUAAUCUUCAUGGCUCUACGCAGGAAAAAUUCACUUUACCCGCCGUCCAAACUUCUGUAUCGAAGCCUAGCGAUAACUGAUCUCUGUGUUGGAGUCAUUGUUCAGCCUCUUUGCGUUGCCUAUUUGAUGUCUGUGAAGAAUGAAAGAUGGGAUAUUUGCUAUAAUUUUUACGUGGCACUCUUUGUCGCUAGUUAUAUUUUGUGUGCAGUUUCUUUGUUUAUAUUGACUGCAAUAAGCGUGGACAGACUUCUCGCCAUGUUGUUGGGACUCAGAUACAGAAAAAGUUGUAACUUUGAAAAGUGUUUAUCCAACCGUAAUCGUUAUGUGGGCUUUGUCCGUUGUCGGCACAACAAGCUACUUUUGGAAUCCCGUUAUAUUUUCGCCACUUCUCUACACACAUUUGUCGGUGUGUAUAUCCACGUCAACUUUCUCUUACAUGAAAAUCUUCUUCACUCUCCGUCAAUAUCAAGCUGA